ACACACACGUACACACACACACAUACAGCAACUCUCCACAGGAAAAGCUGGAGACAGAAUGCGCAGCCCCUUCACAGCAGCUUUGGUGCGUCGUGGCGUCCAAAUGGGAUCUUGCUACACUUUGAUAGUUGGUUAAUUACUCAUAUGAUACCACACAGAUGUCUGGGGGGCUCUAGCCGAAUACUCGUCUCACUAACUCACUGACUGACUGACUGACGGGAUCCUGGGGAAGGCAGACAUUUAAGGAGCGCUGUGCUAAAUAGCCGUAAUCAGCAUCUUAUCACCUCAUCUGGAAAUCAAAGAGCGAACUGCGUUCUGCAAUGGGCAUUACGACACUACAAUUGUUUUUGCUAAUGGCCGUCCUGGCCACUGGUGGAAUAUGUCAGAUAAAUGGAACAGAGGAAGCCCAGGACACUUUACUUCAAAUCUCUACUACCUCCAAAACCAAUGUGCAUAAGGGUCUCCAGCUCACCAGCAAAAAAUCUCUGCUGGACAACAAUACCAGAGUUAAGGGGCCUCCACCCUGCAAGGAUCCCACAUCCAUCAAGCUUUGUUUUAAGUAUAUUAACACAAUUAUUUCCUGCGUUGUGUUUGUGGUGGGAAUGGUGGGUAACGCCACCUUGCUGAGGAUUAUUUACCAAAACAAGUGCAUGAGGAAUGGACCCAACGCCCUCAUCGCCAGCCUAGCUCUUGGAGAUCUUAUCUACAUCACCAUAGACAUCCCUAUCAAUGUCUACAAGCUGCUUGUCACAAAAUGGCCAUUUGAUGACAGCGCAUUUGGACUCUUCCUGUGCAAACUGGUGCCAUUCCUCCAGAAAGCAUCUGUUGGGAUUACAGUACUCAAUCUGUGUGCUUUGAGUGUGGACAGGUACAGGGCUGUAGCCUCCUGGAGCAGAGUGCAGGGGGUCGGCAUUCCCCUCUUUACUGCCAUUGAGAUCUUCACCAUCUGGGUCCUGUCUAUUAUCUUGGCUGUACCAGAGGCGGUGGUCUUCAACAUGAUCACCUUCACCUACAAUAACCAAACCAUCCGCACUUGCAUGCUCAAGCCUGAAAGUAACUUCAUGACGUUCUAUGUAAAUUUGAAAGACUGGUGGUUAUUUGGCUUUUACUUCUGCGUGCCUCUGGCCUGCACAGCUGUUUUCUACACCCUCAUGACAUGUGAAAUGCUCAACCGUAGAAAAGGAAGCCUUCGGAUUGUCCUCAGUGAACACCUUAAACAGCGGCGUGAAGUGGCUAAAGCAGUCUUCUGUUUAGUGCUGAUCUUUGCUCUUUGCUGGUUUCCCCUGCAUCUCAGUAGACUGUUGAAGAAAAUGGUUUAUGUUCCAAAUGAUGAAAGACGUUGUGACCUACUCAACUUCCUGUUGAUCAUGGAUUAUUUCGGCAUCAACUUGGCCACUGUGAACUCUUGCAUCAACCCCAUCAUCCUCUACUUUGUCAGCAAGAAAUUCAAGAAUUGCUUUAAGUCCUGCUUGUGCUGUUGGUGUUAUACCAAGAACCAGGUGUCCAGCUCAGGCCCCAUGAAUGGCACUAGCAUUCAGUGCAAAAACCAAGAGCCUGGCAACCUCAAUACCGACAGAAGCCUUCGCAAAUACAGCGACUGAGAGCUGCUACAUGCAUUAGAAAAGCGGACAUCAUCAGUGUCAAACUUUGAGGUGGAAAACAUUGUAACCAUUCAUAUGAAACUAAAGGCCUUGUGCUCGGCACAUUAUCAGGCAGUUUUUAUAUAUAGCUUCAAACCAGACAAUGGACCAGAUAUAUUUAAAGUCUCCCGUAGACCUACAGCAGCUGUUCCCAGACAUUCAGAGUGUUGUUUUGCUGUGUGAGAAGAGGUGGGAGUGAAGACCAACAGCAACAGGAUGCAGCUGAACCUAACAGCUACAAAUUAACCCUCAUCAGGAGCUUGACAUGUUUUCCUUACAUAGACACUGCACUAUGAACAUGCUCUGGAUCAUCACUGUCUGAUGUGAAAGGAAGUUGCAGAAAGGACGAGUGAAGCGGUGAGGGUCAAUCUGUGUUUUCUGUGUUCCUUCCUAUGAGCUUUGCCAAAGAAACUCCCAGCAUGCCGCCUAGGAGGCUGCCUACCCCUCAAAUUCAGUGUCCGGUUGUUAUUGUUAGCACAUUGAAUGCAGUUAUGGAAGCUAGGUUGUAAAACAGGAACUUUCAGGUUGCCUCCUGCCUCAAAGUUUAUUUAGUUGUUAAGUGAAUCAUAUUGUGCGCUGGACGUCACUUCUUGUUUAUUUAGUGGAGUAGGAAGAUACUGAAGCCUUUGUGUUUGAAUGCCAAAUUAAGUUUCAUGUGUAUAUGCUUGAAAGGUGUUAGAUGAAUAUGUAAGCUCAGAAUUAAAUAAUAUGGAGGGAAAAAAGAAAACAAAACAUGAACAUCAUACAGUACAUGCGAAAUACCAGCUGGAUUGUGUUCCAGCAAAGAGAAGGCAAAUGAAACUUUGACCUUGGUGGGAUUUAAGAGUAAUUUCUAGGAAUGAAUCCAACUGCAACAAAUGCUGGGUUAUAGUGUAAAAGAAAAAAAAAAAAAAAUGAGCAUAAGGGCGCGGGAAAAGGGGCCUUUGUGUAAUCAAAACAAAAACGCCCAAGAGAUACAAACAUAUCUUUGCUUUAUUAUGACACUGUGAAUUUUCUGUGAAGAGAACUCAUACAUGCUAUUAACCUCGUAUACAUUACUUUAAUAUUGUUAAUAUUUAAUGGCCUCAGUAUUUGUAUAUCAUCUGUAUUUUAAGUUGGAAUAUUUGUUUUAUUUUAUCUCGUUAUAGAAUUUCUUUUCUUUUAUCUCGUCAUUUGAUAUCAAUCAAAUGUUUGGGGUCAGUAAGAUUUUUUUACUUUUAAUCAGCAAGGAUGCAAAAGCUAAGACAUUCGAGUUACAAAAUAUUUCCAUUUCAAAUACAUGCAAUUGAACUUUCUGUUCAUCAAACAAUCCUGACAAAAAUCAUAUCAAAGCACAAAAAGCAACACAACUGUUUUCAACAUUGAUAAUAAU